UGGCAGAAAGAGCAAGGGCGUCUAGUACCAACACGAAAACAACAUCUGGCGCGAAUUGGAAAAGUGAAAUUUCCAUUCUUUAUUCCCAUUCGCCGGCUUCUGAGCACGUAGGAUACGCUCGAAGCUAUAAAAGCCUACACUCGACGGUCCCGUUUUACCAAUUGCAUCGCUCAGGAAACAUGGAGCUGCAGCGGCAAGUACUGCUCGUGACCUGGGCCAUUCUCCUCACCCUCCACGAUUUUGUUCAUCCUGCUAGCACGUAUGAAGCUAAAACUGCUUCUCAUCAAGGAGAUUCAAUCAAGGCUGUGAACUUUACAGAAGUACGUAAUUCUUCGCUUCAAUUUCAGUGGUUCCAUCAUUUCUCCAAGAAAACCCUUUGGCGAAAUAACAUAUCCGCCAAAAACUCUUCUGUGCCUUCCCUGCUUGGGGUGGAUGCAACCUGUGUAGAGAUGGCAUUUCUGGCUCCACGUGAUCCAAGCGGAACAGUGCCGCUCCCCAACUUACUUGUGACCUACAAAACCUCAUCGUUGAAAGAGGGAGCAUAUUUUCUAGACAUUGAUUUGAAAUCUUCGGAGGAGGGUAAACCGAAUGACACCCUUCGUUUCACAUUCAGCGAAGGCGACGAUCCAAAGCUCGAGAAUAGGACAGUAGAAUAUAAACUUCUGAAUUACAACAACACUUGCAGCAUUCUAGAGACAUCAGCGGGACAAACAAACUGUUCGUACUGGGUCCUGUACACUGGUGAUGAAACAACCGUUCCGGAAUGGUGUAAACCGACCUCCAUUGAUCAGUGUGAUGUGGAGGUGCACACCACAAUCGCACCCACCGAAUGUGAGGAAGAAAGCACUACGGAAGUUUAAAGUACGACGGUGUUGGGUGAAGAUGUUCGUGAAGAUUGAACAAGGGACGAGAUGGAAGAACAGCGAUAAGAGGAAGUUGAAGCAGCAGCCUCAAGACACAAAAGUAGCAACAGCAAUAGAAAGAGUAACAGUAUUUAUCCCAUACCAAGGAAAAGCGUUCGGUGAAGACAUGAUGCAAAAACAAAAUAAUACAAACUGGAAGUAAAAUGAUGCAUAUUUGAGACCUGCCGUGCCUCCUGGUGGAGUUU